AUGGCUCUCGACCGUAUUCUCAGCAUGGUCCUCCGCGCCGCGGAGCUGGCCUUUGCUGCCAUCGUCACUGGUCUCGUUGGUCACUACCUCGACCACUCCCAGGCGUCGUCGUGGACCAACGCCCGCCACAUCUACACGAUUGUCGUGUCGGCCAUUUCCAUUCUCCUGGCCCUGCUGUGGAUCCUCCCCUUCUCCAGCGCCUUUGUGCACUGGCCCGUGGACCUCUUCAUGUCCAUCCUCUGGUUUGUCGCCUUUGGUCUGCUCGUCGAUCUCAUGGGCAACGGCUGCGGUGGCGUCUUCAACUGGAGCAACAUCACCGUCCGCGGCGACGACGCCUGCGGUCGCUUCAAGGCCAUUGUCGCCUUUGCCUUCCUCUCGGCCAUCUGCUGGCUCGUGUCCGCCAUCAUCGGCUUCUUCUGGACCCGUCGCCGCACCGCGUCCGUCGACCGCCACCACCACACCACCCAGCGCCGCACCUGGUACCGCUCGCGCGUCUAA